CGUUUGAAAUUCAAAAGUUUUUGUUGCUCUUUAACUUUCACUAUGUGAUUUACCACCAAAACAGUGUAAUAUUAAUAAAAACGCUUGUCUUUAGAGAUACAAGCUCAGAAACAUUUCGAAUCUGUUUUUUUUCUUCGAGUAGCCUAAUAUGGUGCCAUGAUGGAAAAUGCAAUUUUGUUAUUUUAACAAUAACAGUAUAUUCAAUACAAAACAAUAACUAAUCAUCAGUAAAGACGAUAAGACUACUUUGUAGGCCUAUUUGUGAACACACAAUUGUGUAUGUCGUUCCAUCUAAAAAACGACGCAUUUGCACUUGCUUUGGUGUCAACCUAUGAAUAAUUUUCUAGAUCCGCCCCUGGGUGGCGCGUGUGUCAGGUAAGUAUUAGGGACAGGGAUUCAUUCAACAUGAUGUCUCAUUCCCAUUGAGCUCUUGGUAAGCAGUAGCAGUUGAUUCAGAGGACAUAACAGGCGCAGGGAUGCUCGAUGCUGGAACAGACAUGGGUACGGACAGGAGGGUUUUCGGGAUGAAAGCUAAGGCUCCGGUAGCCACAAAAAACAUCCACCCUUCGUCUCUAAGCAACGGUCCUCCAGCUGACAUCCUCCGAAACUUUUACCACACGAAAAGAGUUGGGAAUUAUCUGGUCGGGAGGAAGCUGGGAGAGGGCUCGUUCGCCAAAGUGCGAGAGGGGCUUCAUGCGACCACCGGCGUGAAGGUGGCGGUAAAAGUGAUUGACAAGAGAAAGGCCAAAAAGGACUCGUACGUCACAAAGAACUUGAGGCGUGAAGGACAGAUUCAGCAGAUGAUCCGACACCCACACAUCACCCAACUGCUGGACAUCCUGGAGACGGAGAACAGCUACUACCUCGUCAUGGAGCUCUGCCCUGGUGGAAACCUCAUGAACCACAUUUAUGAGAAGAAAAGGCUGGAUGAAAGAGAAGCCCAGAAAUACGUACGCCAGCUAGUCAUGGCGGUGGAGCAUCUGCACAGGGCAGGAGUUGUUCACAGAGACCUGAAGAUUGAAAACCUCUUACUUGACGAACAGGACAACAUAAAACUGAUCGAUUUUGGCCUCAGUAACUGUGCAGGAAUUCUGGGAUACUCUGAUCCCUUCAGCACACAGUGUGGCAGCCCAGCAUACGCCGCACCAGAGAUUCUCUCAAGGAAGAAAUAUGGGCACAAAGUGGAUGUCUGGUCAAUAGGGGUGAACAUGUACACCAUGCUGACUGGUACCCUACCAUUCACCGUGGAGCCAUUCAGCCUGAAAGCUCUGCAUCAGAGGAUGGUGGACAAAGAUAUGAACCCUCUACCUCCAUCUAUCUCUUCAGCUGCGGUCAAUCUGCUGAAGAGACUGUUAGAGCCUGACCCCGACAAGAGACCCAACAUCCAUCAAGUGAUGACCGACUCGUGGCUGCGGUUGGCCAACCCUCACAUGAGAGUUCCUUACUUAAAUGGAAUCCACAUUGAGGAGAUCAACCAUACGGUUCUGCUCCACAUGACUGAGAAAAUGGGCUACAAACACAGUGAGGUUCUGAGUGCGGUGCUCACUAACAAAGCUUGCCACACGCUGGCUGUCUACUUCCUCCUCAACAACAAAAUGAAGAGACUCUCAAAAGAGUACAGGGUAGUUUUGAGGAGCCAACAUCUACACGUUUAUCCUUCAGCUGUACCCAAGCUGGUACCCGUCUAUCCCCCUGUGAGCAAAGGCCCCACCAAGGAAAAAGAACAAAGAACUGGUCAUCUGAAAGCUGUGACUGGAGGUUUUAAAGAUGUGUACUCAGGACGUGGUGGUUGCAUCAGGUCCUCCUCUAUGAAAUGCUGGAGAUCCACCCCCCGAACAUCCCUUCACAAUCCCAUCAUCGUCAAACCUCAGCUCAAGAAACAGCCUCCCACUUCAGACUGGUCUAGCUCCUCAGAUUCAAGCGGUAGCCCUCCCAGCAGCGAAGAACCCGACAGCCCUCAGCACCGCAGCAAGUUCCCUUUCAUGGGUAUCGGGCAGAUUUGAACUAUACCUGCCGCCCUUCAGCUUCCAGCUGCCCCCCUUCAAGCCAGAGCCUGCGGUUACGUGGAAGUGGAGUCUCCAACUCAAUACCAUAUGCAAACUCUGCUCUGCGCCUCAGGGGCUCUCAAAACCCUGUGCUGAGGAUGAGAACUUUUCGAUUACAUAAAAUCACAUGUAUUCCAUACCAUAUUCUCUCAUCAACAUUGCUUGCAGUAACACGCAAAAUACACUGCAAACCCCGCGGGGAGUUUGUCGGGAAGGCGUGUCAUACAUAGCUUGCAGAGAACAUAUAUAACACAAAUAGAUCUUGAGGUAAAAAAGCCUCAGGACGGUAGACACUGAAAGCCAAGUUCACAUGCAGCAGCACGUUCAACAGGCUUCUAGUCUAAGUGCCAUGUAGCAACCUUUAAUGCACAAUUCUUCUGUGAAACAAAGCUGUCACUGCCCACAAUAAAGUGUGUGCUAAUAUAUGUUGAUGUAGAGUAAUACAACAAAGACUUCUGAUAGUGAACUUAUUUGAGAAAACAGUAUUAGUGAUUUUUAAGCUCUUACUUUAUUUAAAUUGUCAAGUCAAGUCAAUGCUUCACAUUUUCAAUAGCCUUACUUUGAAACAUGCAGUGAAACGUCAAUAUUUUAGUGGAAGCCAACAUUUCUCGUUUUUUCUCCUGUAGCGCAUUUUGAAUAGCCUUAAAUAUCUUGAAUUUUGAAAGUAAAGGGCUGCCGCUUUACUUUUGUUUUGUGUUAGUUUAUUUUUGAAUUUAGUUUUUAUGUUAAACGUUCACUGGUUUCAGCAAAUUUAAUAAAUAAACAAACACAAAACAAAACAUUCAUGUGCAAAUAAAACUUAUGAGCUGUGAAAAACUUUUUUUCUGAUCUCAACUGCACUUUUGCCAUACACACCAGGCAUUUUCCCCCCAAAGUGAUGUCAGUUUUUGGGUGCCACGUCUUAUGGUGAAGAUAACUUUGAAGGUAUUUUGUAAGUUUUGUAUUGAUUUUCCAAGUUUUUCCAAAAAAGAUUUUGAAUAUAUUUAAAGAUCAUUAUUUGUGUGCUGAAUUUUCUCUUCUAAUGCAGCAUGUAUUGCUUUUUUUACACCAAUAAAUGCACGA